GGCUGUGGGCGGGAGACUGCCAACGGUUUGGAGUGCAGGGAAAGGAACCUGAGCGAGGAAGAUGUCCUAGUCUUCCUGGAUCGGCAGCACUGGAGGGUAGAGGAUAUCAGGCGAGACUCCAGGGCGCCACAACUUUUAGGGGACACCUGAGGGCAUGAUUGAGCGCUCACCAGGUUUCUUUAGGGACAGGAGGGAGGGAAGGAUUCUAGGGAGCCUAGUUAUGGCUUAGUUGCCAGCAGUAGAGGGAAGUGUAGAAGAGUUUGACCCUGUGCAGAAUGUGUGCAGUGAGUGGAGAGGUGUGAGGCAGCGGAGAGUGUGAGCUUCCUCCCCGUGGAGCCAGUUGAGGGGCAAGUGAAACUACUGGAAGGAAAGUAGUUCCAUGUUGGAUUUGGGUGGAUCCAUUUCAAUCUGCAUGUUCUGGGUGUAAUUUCGGAGCUCAGUUUGACCAGAGAUAUAGCCUUUACCGAAGCUGAUCUGCAACGUUCUGGUCUCCAGAGCAACUGCAGUGGUGCUGUUGCCCACAGUAGGUCUUCUGUCCUCACUCCUCCCUGCUGCAUCCUCUUUUUCCACCAUUCCCAGGACCAACAGAAAGAAAUACUUCAGCCCAUGGCCUCUGAAAUUGGUGGAAACCUGUCCUCUAACCAGAAAAGCUCCGUCCUCAUUUUCAUCAAGGCUCCUUGUUUAGCAGUUUUCCUCCUUUAUUCCCAAAUUUUCUUCUCCUGCGUUUUUUCCUGGGCUCUCCGAAAGCAGAGCAGGAGAUCCUAUCUCUGCAGCCUCCAUAGUCUGCCCUGUGCUCGUGAUGACCUCAGCUGCCAGCCCCAGUUCACCUCUCCGCGCAGAGGAUCUCCUGAGUGAUUCAUCUGAAGCCCCUGGACUGAACCAAGUGUCCUCCGAGGUCACCUCUCAGCUCUAUGCUUCUUUGCAUCUGAGUCGUCAGGCAGAGGCCACAGCCCGAGCCCAGCUGUACUUACCUGCCACCUCCCCACCUCACGAGGUGUUAGAUGGCUUGGCUCAGGAGCUCAGUCACAGCUUGUCCGUUGGACUGGAAAACAAUUCGAAGAAAAAGGAUGGCUGCAAGCAUAUCUUUGAGAUGGAGAGUGUUCGGGGUCAACUCCAGAGUAUGCUCCAAACUUCACGUGAUACAGCUUAUCGGGAUCACCUCACUCCAGGUGCUGGCUCAGAGAGACGGGAAGAGGACUCCUUUGACAGUGACAGCACAGCUACCUUGCUUAACACCCGGCCUCUACAGGACUUAUCUCCAUCCAGCUCAGCCCAAGCCCUGGAGGAGUUGUUUCCCCGCUAUACUAGCCUUCGCCCAGGGCCUCCACUCAACCCCCCAGAUUUUCAGGGGCUGAGAGAUGCACUGGAUUCAGAGCAUACUCGUCGCAAGCAUUGUGAGCGCCAUAUCCAGAGCCUGCAGACCCGAGUGUUAGAGCUACAACAACAGUUAGCCGUGGCUGUAACUGCUGACCGCAAGAAAGAUCUCAUGAUUGAACAACUGGACAAGACCCUGGCCCGAGUGGUGGAAGGCUGGAACCGGCACGAAGCUGAGCGGACAGAGGUGCUUCGGGGACUCCAGGAAGAACGCCAGGCUGCUGAACUCACUAGAAGCAAACAGCAGGAGACAGUAACUCACCUGGAGCAAAGCCUUUCUGAGGCCAUGGAGGCCCUGAAUCGUGAGCAGGAAAGUGCCAGACUACAGCGACGGGAGAGAGAGGCACUGGAAGAAGAAAGGCAAGCUCUGACUCUGAGCUUGGAGCUAGAACAGCGGAGGGCCCGGGCCUUGCAGGAAGAACGGGAUGAGGCUCAGGCUGGGCGACUCACUGAGCACCGGCAGUUAGAAACCCUCCAGGCAACCCUAGAAGAAGAACGGAAGACCUGGACCCAGCAAGAACAACAGCUCAAGGAGCAUUACCAGGCACUGCAGGAGGAGAGCCAGGCACAGCUGGAAAGGGAGAAGGGGAACACCCAGAGGGAAGCCCAGGUGGCCCGGGAGGCCAAGCAGCAGCUGACAUUGGUGCAGUCUGAGAUACGACGGCUGGAAGAAGAGCUGGAUACAGCUCGGAGGGAGAGAGAUGCCCUGCAACUGGAGAUGAGCUUGGUGCAGGCCCGGUAUGAAAGCCAGAGGAUCCAGAUGGAAUCAGAGCUGGCUGUUCAGCUGGAGCAGAGGGUGACAGAGCGGCUGGCACAGGCGCAGGAGAGCAGUCUGCGGCAGGCAGCCUCCCUGAGGGAACAUCACAGGAAGCAACUACAAGACCUAAAUGGACAGCACCAGCAGGAACUGGCUGCACAGUUGGCUCAGUUCAAGGUGGAAAUGGCAGAACGAGAGGAGAGGCAGCAGCAGGUGGCUCAGGAUUAUGAGCUCAGACUGGCUCGGGAGCACGCAAGAGUGCAAGAGCUGCAGAGUGGCCACCAGCAGCUGGAGGAGCAUCGGGUAGAACUGGUGGAGCGGCUCCAGGCUAUGCUGCAUGCGCACUGGGAGGAGGCAAGCCAGCUGCUCAGCACCACCACCCUGCCUCCCAACCCCCCGGUUCCUACCACCAACCCCUCUAGCCCUGGGCCUCAGGAAGCAGGGAAAGGGGAGAGGAGGGUGUGGAACAUACCUCCAGUGGCUGUGGCCUUGAAGCCUGUGUUACAGCAGAGCCGAGACGUAAGGGAUGAGGACCCUGGAGUGCCGCAUGUUCUCUGCAGCUCCUCCUCAGAUCUUAGCCUCCUGUUGGGUCCUACUUUCCAGAGCCAGCAUUCCUUCCAGCCCCUGGAGCCAAAGCCAGAUCUCCCUCCAUCCUCAGCUGGGGCCUUCUCUGGGGUUGGGGCCUUCCAUUCUGACCACAGAGCAGAACGGCCUUUCCCUGAGGAAGAUCCUGGGUCUGAUGGGGAUGGCUUCCUAAAGCAAGGGUUGCGGCCCCCUUCUCAGUUGGAGGGCCUCAAGAACUUUUUGCACCAGCUGCUGGAGGCAGUACCCCAGAACAGUGAGAACCCCUCAGCUGACCUGCUGCCCACUAAGUCUGGUCCCUUGACUGUACCAUCUUGGGAGGAAACUCCUCAAGUUCCACGCCUUCCUCCCCCUGUCCAUAAAACCAAAGUGCCUUUAGCCAUGGCAUCUAGUCUUUUCCGGGUCCAUGAGCUGCCCUCAACCCAUUCACAGAGCAGUGGGCUUAGGGGUAGCUCUCCAGAAAGAGGUAGAGAUGGACUUGCAUCUCCAAGACAGCUUAUGGAAGUAUCUCAGCUCUUACGACUGUACCAGGCUCGUGGCUGGGGAGCACUUCCUGCUGAGGAUCUCCUGCUGUACCUGAAGAGACUGGAUCACAGUGGGACUGAGAGCCAAGGGGAGAAUGUCCCCAGAAGGAGCACAGAAUCUCGCAUGGGUGACAUCCCCAGGAAGGAGAUUCCUUCUCAGGUUCUCCCUCGCCGUCUUGCUACAGUCCCUAAAACAGAAAAGUCUCAAACUCGGAAGAAAAGUGGCCAUCCUGCUCCAAGUACCAUGAGAAGUCGGGGAGGCAUCUGGAGAUAAGCCACUUUGCCUUUCUCCUCUUUGUUCUCACUACUAUUAUUAUAAUAAAUUCCAGUCUGUAGUAGAGUCGUAGGAAUUUGGAAAAUGAGAUUUGACAGGAAACUGCUUUGUAAUGAAACCUCAUGUGGUUUUAUGUUAUAUAUUUCUAUUUUGUAUUCUCUGGAAAAAGACGUGUUUUGAAAGAAAAUGGUCUACAGUUAGCUUUUAGCAUUUUUGUGAGCUAUGAUGCACUAUUUCUACUAAGAGUAAAACCUACAGAGUCAUAGGUCCUGUUGGUUGUGGACUUACAGAUGAUGAUUACUUUUUUCUUUAUAUAUUUUAGUAUAUCCCAAAUUUCCCAAAAUAAGUAUGUAUUAUUUAAUUAGAAAAAAACCAAAAUUCUAAUAAAAAUGAAAUUUUACAUAAGGAAUCUGAGAAAAAUUUGAUUAUUGGGAAGAUAACUUCCUCUUUCAGAAUCAGAUUAAUUCUUUUAGAUUGCACUAGUGGGAUUCUGACAGAUUCUGCUGUAGUCAGCGUAUAUAUUAUGGUUGUAGUCUUCACUUUUAUAGCACUAAAAUAUAUACAAGACAUCCAAAUGUUGGCAAGAAAAAAAGCAGUGAUUGUAAGAAUUUCCACUCUAAUGCCAGAAUGAGUUACUAGAGAAUAGUACUAGAAAGGAAAAUAACAUCAGUGUGAAACUAAGAAAAGACUUAAUAUCAUAACACCUGAAAAAUGCAUAGUAUAACUUAAAUUAAGCUGUAGACUGACGUGUGGGAACCCACACAUAGCUACCCAGCUCUAGAACACAAAACAGGGUGGUGAUGAUGGCAAACUUGACAGUUUACUAAUUCGAUGAGGUGGUGACGUCUUUCUAUUUGCCCGAGUUGCUUGGUUAGCUUGAAAAUAAAUUGGGUUGCCAGAAAAGUCAUGAUGUAUUUUUCUUUUCUUUUUUUUCAAAGAUUUUAUUUAUUUAUUAAUGAGAAAGUUAGGAGGAAAAAACCAGACAUCACUCUGGAACAACAUGCUGCUGGGAAUCAAACUCAGGACCUCAUGCUUGAGAGUCUAAUGCUUUAUCCACUGCAUCACCUCCUUGAUAACUCAUGAUACUUUUUUUUUUAGAUAUAUUUUUAACAUUUUUAUUUUAUUUUAUUUAUUUAUUCCCUUUUGUUGCCCUUGUUGUUUUAUUGUUGUAGUUAUUAUUGUUGUUGUCGUUGUUGGAUAGGACAGAGAGAAAUGGAGAGAGGAGGGGAAGACAGAGAGGAGGAGAGAAAGAUAGACACCUGCAGACCUGCUUCACCGCUUGUGAAGUGACUCCCCUGCAGGUGGGGAGCCGGGGUUCGAACCGGGAUCCUUAUGCCGGUCCUUGUGCUUUGCGCCACCUGCGCUUAACCCACUGCACUACAUCCCGACUCCCAUCAUGAUACUUUUUUAUGCACAAAUGUGUUAUAACUUUUCUGACAAUCUAAUACAUGAUAGGAUAUAGACUCACUUGAUGAUGCAUGUUAGUAGAUCUUUACAUUUUAUUUCAUCCAACUAAAAGUAACUUUCCAGCUUUUUUUCUUUUUUUUUUUCUUUUUAAUAUUUUAUUUCAUUUUUGAGAGAGAUGCAGAGAGAGAGACACAGAGAAAUACCAAAGGACUACUUAGCUCUGGUUUCUGGUGGUCGUGGGGGAUUGAACUUGGGACUUUGGAGCCUCAGGCAUGAGAGUCUCUUUGCAUAACCAUUAUGCUAUCUCCCCCGCCUUCCAACUUUCCAGUCUUAAUGCAGAGGAAGAGGAAAAGGAAAAAAGAUAAUCACAUAUGAGUGACUGGGAGCUUGUGCAGUGGGUGGAGCCAUGUGCUUGUGUAUAUGAGCUUCUGAGUUAGAGUGUCAGCAUUACAUAUGCCAGAGUUACAUAUGCUCUGUUUUUUUUCUCUCUUUCAUGUUAAUAGAUAAAUCCUUUUUUUUUUUUUUUUCAAUAUGCACACAUGACCCAGAGAUAUGUUGGCUCUCUCUGACCUGUGUAGCUUGGUCACCUGUCUCACCCAGGGCUGCUCUUACUGGCAAAGAAAAUAUAACAAUAUACAAAUUCAUGCAAGAGUAAUACCAAUUUCAACUUUAUUUGCUGAUUUAUUUUUUUACCUCAAGUGCAUAAAAUGUAUUAGACUAUGAUCUGUAACUCACUUUCAUUAUUAGUAGGAGACGAUUUUAUACUAUUAACACUUAUCUACUCACUUUUUUUUAUGAGAGAAGAGAGAGAGAGAUGGGGAGACUGGUGGUAGCACAGCAGGUUAAGCACACAUGGCGCAAAGCACAAGGACGGCUGUAAGGAUCCUGGUUCAAGCCCUGCCAGGCUAGCGUGAGGGGGUGCUUCUUCCUGGGCAUGUGCUCUCUGGCUUGGAGAGAACUCGACUGGAGCCAACCUGGGAUGCUGCUUACUCAGCGACAUGGGAGAGAGAAGAGACCAGGAACUCAUGGCAGAGCAGGAAUGCAAUGCAGCGCCUUUAUUGAUCAGAGACAACUGCCUUUAUAUCUUAGAAACCAGAAGUGGCAGAUUGGAAAAGGAAAUGGCUAGGAGAUGGGGUGGAGAAAAGAGUGCGAAGGCAAAACAAUGAUUAUGUAAAUAGACCACAGCAUCAAGCAAUGGAGCAGGGGGGAGCUGGCAUAAUGCCCAACAGCCCCCGGCUCCCCACCUGCAGGGGAGUCACUUCACAAGCAGUGAAGCAGGUCUGCAGGUGUCUGUCUUUCUCUCCCCCUCUCUGUCUUCCCCUCCUGUCUCCAUUUCUCUCUGUCCUAUCCAACUACAACGACAUCAGUAACAACAAUAGCUACAACCAUAAAACAACAAGGGCAACAAAAGGGAAAAUAAAUAUUUUUUAAAAGUGUUAAAAAAGAGAGAGAGGGAGAGAGAAAUGAACUCUAGCAUAUGGUGGUGAUGGGAAUUGAACUUUCAGUCUCAGAUAUACCAGUUAUGACCAGUGCUCAUAAGAGUCUGUCCUAUCUCCUAGGACUGGGGGUAAGGAUUGACCUACCAAUGCCCAUGUCCAGUGGACAAGCAAUUACAGAAACCAGAACUUCUACCAUCUGUUACCCCAAAAUUUUUUUGGGCGCAUAUUUUUUUUUUUGCACAGCAGGAGAGAAACAAUGGGGGAAGACGACCAGAUGGCUAACUCCCAACUCUGCCAGGACCCAGAGAGAGAAGAGGAUAAAGGGGGGAACAUUUUGAAAGUAAUAGGUGUAGAUGUGACUUAGAAAGGAAAUGGAAGGACCAUUUAAAAAAGGGGAGGAGGGGAUAAAUAUAUACAAAUAUAGGCAGAUAGUUACAGAAUUAAUAGUGGGGCCGGGCGGUAGUGUUCCGGCUUAAGAGCACAUAGCGCCAAGCGCAGGGACCAGCGUAAGGAUCCAGGUUUGAGCCCCCGGCUCCCCACCUGCAGGGGGGUCGCUUCACAAACGAUGAAGGAGGUCUGCAGGUGUCUACCUUUCUCUCCCCUUUCCUGUCUUCCCCUCCUCUCAAUUUCUCUCUGUCCUAUCCAGCGGCAGCAACAACAACGAUAGUGGCCACCAGGUGUGGGCACCUACCCCCAGUGAUAAUGCUGGAGGCAAAAAGAAAGAAAGAAAAAAUAG